AUGUUGAAUAUAUUUAUAAAAAAAAGUUUUUUUCAUCCACGAUUUAUAUCAACAAAUAAUUUAACAUGUACCGUGGCUGCUAAUAAACCAAUUGAAUGGAAUUAUUUGAUAGAAUGGCUUAAAAAUGGACAAAAACAUCCACUUUGGCGUGAGGAACAACAAACUCAACGCUAUAUUGAACAUCAAAAAUUAGUUUCGAAAGAAUAUAGAUCAAUUAAUGAUUUUAUUCGUAUACGUUAUCUUAAAUGGGAUGUAGAUUUGAAUAAAUCUAGUCAAAAACGUAUUGCUAUUCCAAGUGUAAACUCAAUUAAAGAACCACUUUUAACACCAAAUGAUUUUCCAUAUUAUUUAGCAAAUGGCAUUCAACAUUGGCUUAUAUGGUGUGAUCCAAAACCAAAAGAACCAGAGAAAAUAGUUGAAGAAGUUAUGAAUAAGGAAUUUGAUUCGAAAAAAUUUGACAGACUUUCUUUUGUCAAUCCACCACGCUUAAGAUCUAUCUCUGAUGUAUUUCAUGCACAUGUAUUUACAAGAGAAAUAAAAAAAUAA